AUGGCAAACCUUUACUCGAUCGCUCGCCCACCGCCGCCGCAGCUGGGCUAUGCUAAUCCGCCGUUUCCGACUCAAUAUGGCUUUGAAGUUGGGGCGGCGUUGAUGAUGUCGGCGGUACCUUCCCAGUCUCUGCCGAUGCGGCAAUAUCCAUCGGAACCACAAUUACAACCACAAUCACAAUCACAGUCACCGCCAACUGACGCACACACCCGCUCAUACGAACAGAAGGAUGUAAAGGAAAAUCGCGAUGAGGCAAGUCGCAAGAAGAAGAGACGCCGAGGAACAGGGUCUUCGACUGAGAGCAUCUCCUCUGCUAUUCCCACUACUACUGCUGGUGGUGGUAGUGGAGAGGUUAAUGUUAUCAACCGCGUCCCCCCCGCCAAAGAGCGUCGACGCACACAAAUGCGUCUCGCACAGCGCGCCUACCGCCAGCGCAAGCAGCACGAGCUAUCAACAACGCAGCGGAAACUGUCGUGUAUGGGCGACGCGAUCACGGAAUUGGGCACGACGUAUGUGUCCCUGAAUUCUAGGUUGGCCACGUCCGGGUUGUUGGCGCUGCAGCCUGAUUUGGCACGGGAUUUGCAAGAGAUGGCGGUUAAAUUCCAGGCGCUGAUCCAGAUGUCUUCAUCGGAGGAGGAGAUGGGGGAGAGUAGUCAUUCAGAUCAUAAAAGCUCCGCGUCGCCACCUGUGGGGGUUACUUCGACUUCGACGGAGACAGGGAUGAUGUUGCCCCAUGGCCCUGGCUCGCAGCCCUCGAGCUCGCCACCAAGUCUUGCAGUUACGAAAGUUGAAGAAGAUGUCUAUCCCCUGUCGAGUCCCGAUUUGCUGUUUUAUGGGCAGGGACUGCCGUCGUAUGGACAGCAAGUCACGCUUGGGCCCGGUACCACGAUGAGCAUGCCCACCCUCCCUGCUCCCGUCUACCUUAGCGAACCCUCGACAUACAGCUUCCAAGAAACGACCUUCGCCCGGCGCCUGCAACGCACAUGCAUCGAAAAGGCCUACAGAAUCCUCCUCACCAUCACUCAUCCGGCCAAAGUCGCGCGCGUCUUCAAACUCAUCUAUCGGAUCUGGAGCAAAGACCACCUACUCACAAAGUUCCGUCAAGCUAUAUCCAGCUGGGAGCUAGACGACCCGUCAACGCCCUUCUUCGCCGUCGGCGGUGCUGCCACGCACUACCCCCGCCGCUCAAAUCAGCUCAUCCAGCCUGUCACAAACGGGCCGUGGCCAAUACACAUGGCCGAGAUCCGGCAGCAGGGGCCCAACCCGAGCGUUGAGGGGAUUAUUCGAUAUUUGGGUAUGAAUGACUGCGAAUGGUACGAUGCGUAUGAUAUAGAGGGGUAUUUGCGGGAUAUGGGGAUUUUCCUAGAGGGUCAUACCGCGUAUGCUGAGUUCAUGCAGGGGGGACUGCCGGCGGUGUUAAAUGUAGACUGUUUUAUUGAUCGGCUUAUUUCGAAAGCAGUGUGUUUGGGACGGAGUCCGGGGUUUCGGAAAGAUGAUGUUGUCGAGGAGUUUUAUCGGUCAAUUGAGUCGUGA